GUGUAGUAGUGAUAAAGGUAAGGGUGUUUAAGUCGACUUAUACCUCGGUUUCGACUUUAGUCUGCUACCAACUCUCCGGGAGAUCACGCGUGCGGCAGCGGAGCCGAGAUUCGUAACAAAGUAAAGUUUCGUGAUUUGGAUAAGGUUUAUUUUCAAAUUUAAUUCGCCGUUGUUGUUGCUUCUAUUGGCUACUCUUGGAAGUUGUACGAGAUAGAGAAAGGUGGAAAUUGAGAAAAGGAAUCAUGCCGCGUAUCGCACCAUUCACUUGUUGCCUGAUUAUUGUAUUCACUACGUUUAUAGAUGAGGGUAAUGGAAAAUGGAAAAGUAAAAACAGAGAAAAUCUCCAGAAAGACAUCGCUGAGUUCCAGGAAAUGAAGGAAAAGAUUGAAGAUGAAAUAGAAGACAUCUACGACGAAUAUUCUGACAACUGGGUCAAGGAUGAAGAAUUUUCUAAUGAAGAAGAAACUUUCGAAAUGUCUGAUAUAGACAAUGCUCAUAAUGAUAAAAAUAAUAUCAAUAUCCUCAAUUUGAUAAGCAAUUAUACGAAGGGUCUAACCGAAGGCACAGACAGACCUGUGCCUGAAACUUCUAAGGUAAAUGGGACGCCUACAAUUGAUACAAUAAAAAUAAGUACGACUGAAAAAGCUAAUGUAGUUCGCUCAAAAUGGCCAAAGUUUGAAGAUAUUUUGCUGGAGAUGGGCAAAAAAUACGAUUGGAAAAAUGACAGAUGGAUUAAAGUGAAAAAGAAAGCCAAUCAAUCAAGCGAAGAAAAGCAUUUAGCAUUCCAUAAGAGACAUUUUAGCUACAAAACUGUGAAACUAAAUAGAAGUAAAACUAGACGCAAUGUCGUGAUAGCAGUCACAGCGGUGAGAUAGGACGGGCCAAGUCGUCUGGCUCACUUUGGUAGAAAAAUCUAAAAUCUAUUUUUAUUAGUCGCUGCGGGACCAAAGCGUCAUCUAAUCGAUAAUUUAAUAUUGAAUUGUAGCUUCAA